AUGUUAGGUGAUCGUAUUGAAGAGUAUAAGACGACUUCUAAGAAGCGCCGAAUAGAGAAGGGGAAUAGUGCACCGAAAGCCAAGAACGCAAAGCUCACUCGUCAAUAUCAAACUGAGAGCUCUAUUAAGAAACAAAACGGUAUACAUAUGUACGCGUCAACUCCAGUACAAACACCAACGACCGUAACUAAACAGCUUUCCAUGUUACCAGCUAUGCUUUCUUGCAUCAAUAAGUUAUCACCCCGAAUGUUAAACAUCAAUGCGAGGAAGUUAGUCUUUGAUGAUACAGAUGAGUCUGCCGAUAUGAAUGAAAGAUCUAAAAUGGAGGAAUCGCCAGCUAGUUUUUCUUCAAUCUCAAAAAUAAAUUUACCAGAAACACUUGAAAAACGUCGUCUGCAAAAGGCACACGUGAAGGCGAGAAGACUCUUUGCUGAUGAAGACGACCAAGAUAAUGGUGAAUGUAUGUCCAAAGAUUUAAACAGUAAUGAAGAACACAAUACUGUCAAAUGUUUGUCCAACGAUUGUAAUGAAAAAAACUUGAACCAAUGUUUGUCACCACUGCGUACGCCUAAAAGGCUCAGUAAAUCAAGGAAGACGAUGAAUGCAAGGAAUUUAACUUUUGACGAUGAAAAUGAAGAUACAAGUGCGGUUAAAAACUUAUCAAGCGAGCGGCCUAGUGAUGGAAAGUUGGGCCAAAUGAACUCGCCAAUAGAGUUGUACAGAAGAUUUUUAAAGGACCAAGAUCUGAUCGAUUUGUCGACUUGUCCCGAAGCUACGUUGAUUCCAGAGGAAAGUACAGACUAUUCUCCGAUGAUGGUAUUAAGUGUUGGGAUAUUCAUUCGUCCCAUAAGAGAUGAUCGUGAGGGCAAAUGAAUUUGUUUUAUGGUUAGAAGUUGCGAAAUGCUAUGCUAUCAAGUGUUAUUAAGGUUUAAUGAUGUUAUUCUAGCGAGUGCUUAUUUGU